ACUCGCGAAAGUUCGAGAGGAGGGAGCGGCGUCGAAGGGGGACAGCUGCGACAUUGCCUUAAGAAUUGGUAUGCGCAUGCGUAGAUUGCCCCUUACGGGACAAGGGCUUAAACGUGAGCGCGCGUGAGUGGUCUCCCGGUCAGCCACGACAUGGAGGAGCUACAGAAAGAUUUGGAGGAGGUGAAGGAGCUUCUGAAAAAAGCAUCAAGGAAGAGAAUUCAUGAUGUCUUGCUGGCAGAAAAGAAUAAACUAGAGAAAGAAAUAAAAAACCAGCCACCGCCUAAACUAAAAGCAGAGAUAUCUGAAGAAGAAAGACAGCCCCCCACAGGCUACACGGUGAAAAUCAACAAUUAUGCUUGGGAUCAGUCUGACAAAUUUGUGAAAAUCUACAUCACUCUAAGUGGAGUACAGCAUCUCUCAGCUGAGAAUGUGCAAGUCCGUUUCACAGAAAGAUCAUUUGAUCUAUUGGUGAAGAAUCUGAAUGGCAAGAACUACUCCAUGACUUUCAAUAACCUGCUGAAACCCAUUUCUGUGGAGAACAGCUCACGGAAGAUCAAGACUGACAUGGUCCUGAUAUUAUGUCGGAAGAAGCAAGAGGAAAAAUGGGAGUGCCUAACUCAAGUGGAAAAGGAGACAAAGGAGAAAGAGAAAGCAUCGUAUGACACAUCAGAUCCAAGUGAGGGGUUGAUGAAUCUCCUGAAAAAGAUGUAUGCUGAAGGUGAUGACGAGAUGAAAAGAACCAUUAAUAAAGCCUGGGUUGAGAGCAGAGAGAAACAAGCAAAAGAGGAUAUACCACUAGACCUUUGAAGAAACAGCAGGCUUUCUAUAUGGGGCUUCUGAUGUGCCACUGAGAUCAGAAAAAGUGGUGUUUACACAGCCAACUUCCAAGCAAGGACGGUGCUCUGCAUUUCAGGUUGGAGAAAUAAAAUAAAAAUAUACUAUAAAGCA